AGCCACCUGUGACUAUUUGCUUGUGGCUGACGUGUCAGUAUUAUAAUCACACAUUAUUGACUAAGAUAGUAGGACUUAGAGCUUAGCUAUGGCGGAUCUAUUGGCGGCCGUGGCGGAGUUCGUGACUGAUCCACCUCACUCCAAUCCUCCAUUUCCACAGGUUUUAGUUCCCGGCAGCGAUCAUCCCUCGCUGGAAGCCCUGGCAGCGGCGAUCCGGAAGAACAAGCCCGGUCUGGAAUCCCUUCUCGACAGCAGCGGCGCGAUCCUCUUCCGGGGCUUCCCAGUGAAGAAUGCCGAGGAUUUCGCGACGGUGGUGGAGGCGUUUGGAUACAAGAGCAUGGGAUACGAGGCGGGCGCGGCGGCUAGGACGUAUAUCGUCGGCCCUGUCUUCACUGCCAACGAGCUGCCGCUGGAAAUUCGCAUUGGAUUCCACAACGAGAUGGCCUAUCUGCCGGAUUAUCCCGACGUGGUGAUGUUCUUCUGCGAGAUCGCUCCACCGGAGGGAGGCGAGACGGGGAUCGUACAAGGCCGUACCGUGUACGACGGCAUGGCCCGCGAGUACCCCGAGUUCGUACGGAACCUCGAGGAGAAAGGCCUCGUCUACUACAACUUUCUCGCCGAGGACGAGUGGAAGGAGAAGUUUGGCACGGAUGAUCGAUCCCAGGCGGAGCUCAAAGCUUCAAAGUUGUCAAAGAAACUACAAUGGUUAGACGACGGACGAGUGAAAGUCUACCACGGACCCCGCCCGGCGAUCAAGCAGCUCAAGGAAAACUCAAAGACGUGGUUCAACAACAUUGGCUCUUCCGAUCCCACCAUUCCAAACCUCCGGCAUUUGGAAUAUGGCGAUGGAACACCGCUUCCACCAGACGCUCUUAAAGCCUCGCUUGCAUUUAUGAACGACCACCAAGUACCUCACAAGUGGAAGCCAGGAGAUGUCAUGGUUGUGAACAAUCACGCCGUGCUCCAUUCGAGGCAUCCAUCCAAGCCUCCUCGUCGACUGCUUGUAUCCAUGCUCAAGACUUCCUAAGCUGCAAAAAAGUCCAGAUUGUAUGAGAAUAAAACUCUGGGCGACAAAAAAAAAGCCGACUUUUUAUGCCA